AUGCAAUUUACAUUAUCGCUAUCAAAAAAUCAUUUUAAGGCACCAGUUAAGACCAAUUUGGCAAAGAAUGAUCAGUUGCAAUUCAAGGAAUUUCUUCCAUUAAAAUCUACAAAUUAUGUAAUGAGUAAUUAUAUAAAACCACGAGGUGAAACCUGUACGAAAGAGCUACAAGCUCUUUUCGAUUGCUUAAAAAAAUGGGAACAUGACAAUUUACCUUGCGCAGACUUCAAUCGAGAUUAUAUGGAUUGUGUGAGCAGGACCUAUAAAGCCAAUAAAGAGCUUGCUAUAGCUGCAAAGAAGGGUAUGCUUGACGGUACAACCGAUGGAAAGACAGUACUGACCAAGCAUCAGAUAAAUAAUUUGAUGGCGAAGUAUCCACAGCCUCAGUUAGGUCAAUAUCCAUAUAAAGCACUUAAGCGUUUGCCGAACCAAUCAUAUGCAGAUGACAUUUUCCAUCGUAAGAAAAAAUACGGAAAAGCUAAUUGA